GGCAGGUUCGUCUUUUCUUUUCCGCCGGGGUCAUCAGCGGUGCGAGCGUGGAUUUCGUCUGUGCUCACUAAAAUCAUCCAAAAUGAGUGUACCAGCAUUUAUCGACAUAACAGAAGAGGACCAGGCGUCCGAGCUCAGAUGCUACUUGAAGGCCAAGGGAGCAGAGAUCUCUGAGGAGAACUCCGAACUGGGUCUUCACGUAGACCUCGCGCAGAUCAUCGAGGCGUGUGACGUCUGCCUUAAGGACGAUGACAAAGACGUGGAGAGUGUGAUGAACAGCAUCGUGUCCCUCCUGCUGAUCCUGGAGACAGAGAAACAGGAAGCCCUGAUCGAGAGUCUCUGUGAGAAGCUGGUGAAGUUCAGGGAGGGAGAGAGGCCGUCUCUCAGGAUGCAGCUGCUGAGUAACCUGUUUCACGGUAUGGAUGAGAACACGCCUGUGAGGUACACGGUGUACUGCGGCCUCAUCAAGGUAGCCGCCACCUGCAACGCCAUCGCUUUCAUCCCCACCGACCUCGACCAGGUUCGUAAGUGGAUCACAGACUGGAAUCUGAACACAGAGAAGAAGCACAUCCUGCUGAGGCUGGUGUACGAGGCUCUGGUGGACUGUAAGAAAAGUGACUCUGCAGCCAAGGUGAUGGUGGAGCUCCUGGGGAGUUAUACAGAAGACAAUGCCUCACAGGCUCGUGUUGACGCACACAGGUGUGUCGUCCGAGCCCUGAAGGACCCCAACACCUUCCUGUUCGACCACCUCCUGGCCCUCAAGCCGGUCCGCUUCCUGGAGGGAGAACUCAUACACGACCUUCUUACCAUCUUUGUGAGUGGCAAAUUGGUGGCUUACGUCAAGUUUUACGAGAACAACAAAGACUUUAUCGAUUCCCUCGAACUGUCCCACGAGCAGAACCUGUCUAAGAUGCGUCUCCUCACUUUCAUGGGGAUGGCGGUGGAGUGCAAGGAGAUCUCCUUCGACACCAUGCAGCAGGAGCUGCAGAUCGGGGCGGAGGAUGUGGAAGCCUUCGUCAUCGAUGCUGUGAGGACUAAAAUGGUGUACUGCAAAAUCGACCAGACACAGCGGAAAGUUGUUGUGAGCCACAGCACACACCGCACCUUUGGCAAGCAGCAGUGGCAGCAGCUAGCUGACAGCCUGAGCGCCUGGAAGGUGAACCUGUCCACAGUGAAGACCAGCCUGCAGACUCUCUCCCCCUCCGCCUAACCACCCCACAACCCAGCCCCUCCGGUCUCCAAACAGGCUCAAUCUGUUAGCGUUUUUAUAUCUACCCAUUAAAAUAUCCAGUGAGAUCUU